AUGAAUGCUAUAUAUGAAUUGGAUGUCAAAUGGAAAAAAAUACUUACAUCAGACAAUUUUCUAAGUGGCUUAACCGUCAAUGAAUUCGUAACAGAAUUGAGCAAAGAUCAAGCGUCCAAACAGAAUGCCCCUGCUGCAGUGAACGCCUCGAUACCCGAAAACAAACAAUUGGAUGCCAAACCCUUCAUUAGAACCUUCGAGUCGGUCUUAAAGGAGUUGAAAAAGUUACAGAAGGAAACAUUGUCUAGAUCCGGCCAAUUGACUCAACAAGUCUCACAAAUGGAAAUCAGUCACGCAAAAAGCAUCAUGGUUUCUCGUGGUCAAUUGAAGGACAUUGUUCAGAACUAUGACCAAUUAGACCACAAGCUAUCAGCAGUUACUCAGGUAGUGUCUCCCCUAGGGACUAAACUUGAAAAGUCAAUCAAGCAGAAAAAUGCAUACAUCAAAUCAGUGGAACUAAUAAGCUUUUAUGCAUCUUUCCUUGAAGAAGGUGACUGUCCGGAAUUAAAUAAACUCCUUGAAUCUUCUGAUAAACGUGAUAUUUGUCAAGGAGCACUUAUACUCAAGUCUUUAUUGAUUCUCACCAAAAAACUUGAUACCAAAUCUGUCCCAAAAACUCAAGAAGUUACACAAAUAAUAGAGCAAUUAGCUACUGAUUUCGAGGUUAGAAUUUUACAAGGUUUUAAUGCAGCUUAUCGAGAAAAUGAUUAUUCUCGACUACAUCAGCUUGCUUGGAUUUUGGAUACUUUCAAUAAUGGGGUUAAUAUUAUUAAGAACUUCACCGAUAAACACCAGUUUUUUGAGGAAUCUUCAAACUUCUCAGCUAAGGAAUCUGCAUUGUUCACUGACGAUGUCUUUAAAGCAGAAUUGAUGAAUCCUGACUCACAUAUAUUGAAAUAUGACGAGAAAGUUGUUGAAUAUAUCCAAAGUGUCUUCAACGCCAUUGAAAACGAAUCUAAAGUCGUCGCCACAGUGUUCGAGAAUAAAGCUCCGAAUGUCAUGCAUUUGUUUAUCGAAAAGGUAUUUGAACUGAAACUACGACCCCUUGUGGUUUUCCUCUUAAAUUCGGCGCUGUCUCUCUCAUCACUCGCUUAUGUCCGCUCGUUGCAAAGUUACUUUUCUAUAACUAACAAUUCUGUUAAACAACUGGCGGAGUUUUUGUCGAAUCUCAAAAUGGAUAGUGAUGGCAAAGUCUCGGCAUGCUUAGAAAAGUGUUGGAAAAAUCUUUUCAUUGAUAUUUUGUUUGAUAGAUCAAAAUAUUUCGAAGUCGAAAAGAGAACAUUAGAAAACGUCUUAGUUCAAAAAGCUUCUGACUUUAACAUAUCGUUCGACAGUGAUAUACGACCAAGAAGUCUCGCCAACAAGUUGAACGAGGUCACUGAUUUCAAAUCUUCCCCAGAACUGAAGAUUUUGACAUCGCGAAGUGGAGGCAGAUUCUCACAGCUAAACCUUUUUCUUAAGAAUAAAUUCGAAAAGCGAUUUGAACACGAAAAUCCUGCACAAUUGAACAUCACUUCGAAAAAAAUCGAUAGAGACUACUUUACUUUAUCAUAUAUUGAUCUAAUGAUCAAAUGCUCGGUGGAAUCAUUGGCUAGGGUGACGGAAUUGGUUCCAGCUAUUGCUGACGACUUCACAUAUGAGUUAGUCGAGACAUCUUUAAUCGGUGUUAUCGAUUCAUAUAUUGAAUCAGCGUUAGAAGUGGCGCAUGCUCAGUUGAAUUCCAUUGAUAUACAUCGAGAAACAAGCAUUGAAUUGAAAUUCUUGAAAUACAUAUCGACCGCAACCGAAAUGAUAAGUAUUGUCUCGGCAUAUAUCAAAAGUAUUGUGCUUCCACUAUUACAGAACUGCCCCUCCAUCAAAAGAAAAGUAAUAGCGCUUUCUAAUGCUUACUUUAAAAAAUGUGAACUUUUAAUGAACCUCUUAAUUGUAGAGACAUCGAAACUGUUAAAUCAGAAAUUUACAUUGAUUUUGUCAAAACAGAAGAGAAAAGAUUUCCUCUCUAAAUCACAAGAUUUCUUAGAUCAGGACACUGAAACUACUACUGAACUUGUUAAUGUGUUGAGCAGUGUGUAUUCUCAGUCCGCAUUAUAUCUUAAAAAUGGAAACUUGAAAGCUUUCCUAACAAAACUUGGAGACAAUCUCUUCGAACAAUUACUCAAUCAUUACAAAAAAUUCCAAGUUAGCUCAACCGGUGGUGUCAUUGUGACUAAAGACAUCAUCGCAUUCCAGACUGCCGUAGAAGACUGGGACGUUGAGGAAUUGAACGAGAAGUUUGCUACAUUGAGAGAACUUUCGAACUUGUUCACCGUCCAACCUGAAUUGCUAACGUCUUUGACAAAAGAAGGGCGGCUUGUUAACGUUGAUCGGGAAAUAAUAGACGAGUAUAUCUCUAAAAGAGAAGAUUACAAUCAGGAUGGCUUUAUCGGUAAAUUUAAAGCUUCAUUGCGUAACUGA